AAACAUGUAUGUUUUUUUACAUAUAAUCUCCAGUUUCUGUCCUUGAGGAAAAACUGUCUGAUGUCGUCCCUCACAUUGUUGUAGCUUUAUUGUAUCACUGCUGUUUUGUCCGAGGAUGUAAUGACACCGGUCUUCCACCUAAUUAUGCAUCCUCACAUUUUUCAUGUGAUAUCUUCCCUCAGCAUUUGUAGACAGUCCUCAGCCUUGAAAUCACCCCAACGAUAAAUUCAUUAACCCAACAAAGUAUUACUAUCAAUAUGAAGUCAUUGUCAGUUGUAGGCAUGGAGUCUCUCCUUCAUAUUCUUCUCCAUUACCAAAAUCUGAAAUUUCUACGACACUGAAUAUUUUAUUAAUAUUUAGUAAGGUCAGUUGGAUUUUUACAAUUCCCAUGAUUUUGUCAUUAAUGGCUGUCAUAGCUGUGCUUCACACUCUGGAUAAUUUAAACAUGGUGGACCAAGUUGAAAUAACUGGUCAAUUUCAAAUGAAUUCUGAAAAACAGCUUCAGGCUCGCGUCAGCAAAAUAAUGUGGAAUGAACACGCCAAAGGACACUCAACAAUGCACAGAUGGCUACUCUUUAAGAAAAUGAAUGUAAACAAUGCAGAAAAAGCAAUACGGGAUCACAUCAGGUGGCGUAAAGAAUUCGAUAUUGACCGACUCCGCUCUGCUCCACCAAAUCCGAAAUUAUGGAAACGGUUCCAAUACAAUGUCACUGUUCAUGCUCGAAAUGGGGACCCUGUGUUGCUAAUGCCAUUUGGAGAUUGGGAUGUACGAGACUACAUCACUGCCAAGGGGGAUCAACACACUUUUGACAAGUAUCAAGGACAAAUGUGGGAGAAAGGUUUGUCCAGAUUUUGUCUCGUAUUAGUACCGCGUUGUCCUUAUUAUGCCCGGAACCCAGGUUUGGCAGCUGUGGAGAAAGUGGAGAUGAACCUCAACGACACGAAAAGGUCAACCUCUGUCCGACUUUACCUCGUUUGUGACUUGGAAAAUCUCGAAUAUCGUCAAUUGGCCAGUUAUACUUCUUUGCAGUACAUCUUCUCUAUGGUGUACAACUUUGAGAAUAAUUAUCCAGAGACUGUACACGCAGCGAUUAUGAUCAACUGCGACUGGGUGUUUGAAUCACUUCUUCGCUACAUCAGCCCCUUCUUGCGCGAAGGGUCGUUUGAAAGAUUGAAAAUUUAUCCGAAAGACCGGUCAAAAUGGAUGAAAGAUGUGAGGAGGCUAAUCCACCCGAGCCAACUGCCUUAUCGGUAUGGGGGCUAUUCUAAAUCAGAGAAAAGAAAAUUAGCAACCCGUCGACCCUUCUUCGUACGACAAUUGGGCUUGAAAUAGCCAGUGAAUAUAUGCAAAUGCUCAUGUAAAAUAUAUACAUAAAUGAAGUAAUUAUUAAAAUUAAAAAAAGAAGCCGGUAAUGUGAAGCUUACUAUGUCAUCUAAUUUUUAUCGAUAAAAUUAUGAUUAAUUGCAAAGUUUGGAGACUUCCAGAUUCAAACGUAGUUACGUCUAAAUUUGCAUACACAUAGUACA